GACAUCAACCCAUCAUCCUAUAUUCCAUUCCGCUUUAACCAGUCCAUGUGACUAUUUUUUGUUGUUGCUGCUGAAAUAGGCCCGAAUAUUUGGUGGAAUCUUGAGUUUGAUUUUCAUGUUUGUAUUCAUUUUUUUUAUAAUUCUCUCCCACAGAAGACCAAAGUUUGGAUUUUAAUGUCUGGGGUUUUGCUAAAGAUCCAAAUUUCUUUGAUAUUUUAAGAUUUAUUUUGUUUCCCUUUUGUUUCGUUUUGGAGUGCUGUGUUUGGUGGGUGUUUGAGGAAUGUUUAUUUCCAUAGAGGAGGAGAAAGCCUCACUGUCAAAUGGUGAAGAAUGGGUAAAAUCGGCAUUAAUGGAGUCAGACCCGGACUCCAUUAAUGGAAAGCUUGAAGCUUCUGAAGAGUCUCCCGCCGUAUCUUUCUCUGAGGAUAAGCAUGAGCUUGAACAGAGAAUCAUGUCUCUAGAAGGGGACAUUGUAAAUUUGAGGAUAAGACAGAGAGCAUUAGAUGAAAAAAGGAGAGAAGCAUUGAAGAAGAUAAUAGAUGCCAAAGGCUGCAUUAGGCUGUUUUGUCGGGUUCGGCCAUUCUUAGCAACGGAUAGGACGACAAGGAGGACUCAUCAAUGCCUUUUAGUUGAACCCGAGAAGAUUCAGGUCAGAUCUGGUGGUGGUGGAGGAGGGGGAGGCACGAAGGAAUUUGGAUUUGACAAGGUUUUCCCCCAAGAAGCAAGUCAAGAGGAUGUUUUCAUCGAGGUUCAACCGAUACUACGAUCUGCACUUGAUGGGCACAAUGUUUGUAUAUUAGCUUAUGGACAGACAGGGACUGGCAAGACUUACACAAUGGAUGGAAGUAGCACCUCCCCCGGGAUCAUACCUCGUGUUCUAGAAGAGCUGUUUCGCCACAAAGCCUCUUCGGAUGGAUCUACAAAUUACACGUUUUCAAUCAGCAUGCUUGAGGUUUACUUGGGUCAUCUUAGGGAUUUGCUUGCUCCAAAACCUUCCUCCAAAGUUUAUGCUUCAUCAAGAUGCAUUCUGAAUAUUCAAACGGAUGCAAAAGGAUCGGUUGAUAUUGAUGGCCUCAUGGAAAUGGAGAUAUCAAACUACACAAAAGCAAAGUGGUGGUAUAGUAAGGGGAGGCGGGUGAGAUCAACUUCAUGGACCAAUGUCAACGAAGCUUCUAGCAGAUCACACUGCUUGACAAGGAUAACCAUAUGUCGCACCGAUGAUGCUACGGGGGGUAAACCCCAAGUGAGCAAACUAUGGAUGGUGGAUCUUGGGGGCAGCGAACGGAUACUCAAAACGGGAGCAACUGGCCAAACGCUUGACGAGGGAAGGGCCAUUAAUCUCUCCCUCUCAGCUCUAGGUGAUGUCAUUGCAGCCCUAAGAAGAAAGAAAGGCCACGUUCCUUACAGGAAUAGCAAAUUGACACAAAUUCUCAAGGAUUCUCUAGGAAAUGGUUCCAAGGUUUUGAUGUUAGUUCAUGCAAGCCCCUGCGAAGAGGACAUUGUCGAGACAACAUGCUCAUUUACUUUUGCAAAGAGGGCAAGGGCUGUGGACUGCAACCGUAAUCUCUCACAAGAAGCAAAGAAGAAAAAAGAGAAUAAGAUUGCGGAGCUUCAAGAGCAAAUGGUGGAAGACGAAGAAGAAGGCCAAAACCUAAGACACCGGAUAGAAAACGCCAAACGUUUGCUAAGCGAAACCAGAAAAACACUCUCAAUGAUGACUCGCGGGCCUCCCGAGGAUGACGAGAAGUGCCACGUCAGCGCACGAGAAGAAGACUUCGGUCAACUCAUCAAAAAACCCGAGAAAACAGCCCCGAGAAGGAUUGUUUCUACCAACUCAAUGCCUCGGUUCAUGACGUCCACUGUGGCGAGUCGCCAAAGAGAAAGCCCAACCGAGAGGCAAAUGGACAUCAGGCCCAAGACUUUCAGGUACUGGGCCAAAAGUUCGGUCCAAAUUCCGCCGGGUUCUCAAUCGGUCAGCUAUUCCGAUCCCCGUUUGAAACAUUUCCUAAGAAACACAGAAAAAAAGGAGGGAUUGUGUGAUGACACAAAAAAGGCGUCUGCUCAUUCGAACCCCAACGCAAAAGUCGCUGCUGGGCGACAUAGACGAAGAAUGUCUGAUUGCCUCUAAGCUAAUGUACACUUGAUUGAGGUAAUUUCACUGCCUUCAGUGUAUUCGUCCAGUUUAAUUUUUUUCAAUGACCAGACAAACUUUGAUUAUUAAUUAAAUAAAAACCGCAUUGCAUAUUGAUAAAAAAUGAUUUCAUUAAAUUUAUCGUGCAAAAAAACUUUCAAAAUUAACAUGCAAUGUGUUUUUUAUUUAAUUGAUGAUCAAAGUUAGCAGAGUUUGACUGGAAAAAAACAAAGCAAAUUCACUAGGACAAGAGGAGUAUUAGUUUGACACACAUCGUGUCGUUUUAGAAUUUUCACAUCACCCACUAGUGGUUGGUGAGGGCUACUUUGUUCACCAACGACGUGACAUCACCAGAAUUGUUUGUCACGGUUCUGGUGAUGUCACGUCAAUGGUGGACACUAAACCCGCUCACGUUUGGUAUGUGGACGGGAGUCAAGUGGCUCGCGGAUGAUUUGUUUGAAACUGGUUGUUGUUUGGGAGAGUUUUCAGAUGAUGGGUUAAAUUCAAAGUUUCUUUAGAAAAGUGAAUUUUGGUUUUUGGUUUUGGUUGUUGAUGAGUGGCUGUAAAAUUGGGGAGUGAUUUUUUGUUCUUGAGUGCUCUUACUAGUUUCUAUUUUUGUGUUGGGGUAAUUUUUUUUUUUUUUGGACUGGGUUUGUUGUUGGGUGCUAAUCCAUGUCUGAUUCUUGUAAGU